AUGACAGGAAUCACAGAGGAAGUUCCAGAUGACCUGGAUACAAAAAUAAUCAAUGGAAGAGAAGCUGAAGAUGGAGAAUUUCCAUGGAUGGUAGCUCUUCAUUACAAUGGAAGAUUUAUUUGCAGUUCUUUCCUGAUUUCCCCUACCAUAGUAAUGACUGCUGCUCAUUGUGUGGUAUUAUCCGACGACGGAGGAGCUGAGCCUGCAACAGCUUUCUACGGCAUCAUAGGCAACAACCGAAGGGAAGGUCCGGACACAAGAAUCAGUUUCAGCGAAGUCGCAGCCCACCCUAGGUAUGGAGAAGGGUCCGAGUACGACAUUGCCGUGUUUAGAACUACCGAACCAGUAGAAUACACCGAAAGAAUCCAACCCAUUUGUCUGCCGGUGAUGGGGAGAGAAUUCGAAGAUCAGAAAGUGCAGGCGGUGGGAUGGGGCGUCACGUCAAAUGGCAAUGGCCUAGAACCACCUGAGACACUAAUGACGACUGAGCUCACGGUGCAAAGACGAGCCUUCUGUCGCUUGUUCUUCGGUUUUGCAGGUAUCCAAAUUACCGAGAGACAUGUUUGUGUUACAUCAUUCCGAAGUACAGGAGUCUGCUUUGGUGAUUCCGGUGGCCCAUUAGUGUUCACUGAUGAAGGUGUUCCACUUUCAAUUGGUGUAGCGUCGUUCGUCACUGCUUUGGGUUGUGGAAGGCCAAUUGUUCCAAGCGUUUACACUGCGACUGCCGCUUACAUGGAUUGGCUAACCGAAACGGUUGGAGAUGUCUCUGAUAUUUGUUUUAGGUGA